CUUUACUCGAUAGAAUACAAAAUGCUAUCGAACAAACAAGCAAUUGGCACCCUCUCCCUGAGCCAGCAUCCCUCUCACACGCUGGACCAAAAGAUCCGUGUUGCAUCCCAGCAUGGCUUUAUGGCCGUUGAAGUCGUUUACUCUGACCUCAAGAGGUACUCAGACGCCCUAGGUGUAUCAAUGCUAGAGGCAGCCGAAAAGAUAAAGAACCUCUGUGACGAGCUCAACGUCGAGAUUUUGUCGUUGGCAGCGUUUGAGAACUUUGAAGGAAACCGCACCCCAUUGGAUGAACGAAUGGCCACCGCAAGGCACUGGAUCCACAUUGCGCGCAAGUUGAACGCAACGUAUCUGCAAGUGCCAUCCAACUACAGCCAUGAUGCCAGCACGGACAAGAGCCUCAUUGUAUCUGAUCUGCAGCGAUUGGCAGAUUUAGCUAGCGCCGAGGAACCUGUGGUCUCGGUCGCGUAUGAGCCACUCUCCUGGGGUACAUACUGUUCGACCUGGGACACAGCCCUAGAGCUUGUCGAGGCUGUUGAUCGCAAGAACUUUGGUCUGUGCAUGGACACCUUCCACGAAGUCACCAAGCUUUGGGCGAGCCCGUUCGAGACGUCCGGAAAGUACCCGACAGCUGAUAGGGACUUGACUGCCUCCCUUGAGCGCUUUCUGAAGCAAUGCCCACUGGAGAAGAUCUUUUACGUCCAAUUGUCGGACGGCGAGCUCUUCGACCCACCUUUCUCAAAGGCACAUCCGUGGUAUCUAGAGGGCGAAGCACCGCAAUUCACCUGGUCUAGACAUGCUAGGCCAUUCCCGUUUGAAACCGAGCUAGGCGGAUAUAUGCCCGUGCUAGAAAUCGUCAAGGCAUGGGUAGUCGACAAGGGGUACACGGGCUGGAUCUCGAUGGAGGUAUUUGACCGACGGAUGCGCAGCGAGGAGUUCAAUCCCGAGGAUGCCGGCAAAAGAGCAAGAAAGUCAUGGGAAACACUCCAAGACCGCCUCCGAUCCCCCACUCCAUCCAAGAUAUAAUGGCGAAAUAAGCUUCUGCACAAUUCAGCACCUUAAAUAGUCC